GGACAAGACAUUGAAGAGGAUAGAUCGAAUCAAUAGCCAACUCCUCUCGUCGUCCUCGCCUCCAAAUCGAGGUAGACCCCAAACCCUAGCUAUUCCCAAUCCGGCCGCCGCCGCUGCGGCGUCUACCGAUCCGUUAGAUCCAUGGCCGCCGCCGCUGCCGACGACUCCGCUAUACCCAACUGGGUGAUGCUGGAGCGCUUCGUCUUCCGGAGGGACGACCCCAAGUCCUUCCGCGAGGACAAGAGGACCUUUGCUUCCGGCACCACCCCCGCCGGCACUCAAUUCGACGUCUCCUUCAUCCUCGCUGAGCCUCCCACCCCCUCGCGCCUCUACCUCUCGUGGCCGGAAGGCCCCAAGCAGGAGGACCGGUGCCACCUCGCGUGGCGGCCAACCGCAACCUCGUCCUCCUCAGGCUCGACUACCUCAUCGACGAAUCCGAGCCUUUCGGGGAGGCAGUGCAUGAUUACUUCAUCUACAUAGCUGAUCCCUCCUCACAGCGGACACCCCUGCUCAGACGGCUGCCUCACUGCACCGAGUAUAACGCUUUUUUUGAGAUGCCAGUUACUCGCGCGUUUCAGCCGCUGGCUGUUGGUCUGUUGUGCCAUGGCGAAGACGAGUUUGCCGUGGCGCAUCUGGCCAUAACCAGGUCUCGCAUAACAUCAGAUAUGCAAGCUGAGCUAUGCGUGCUACGCUCGUCAUUGUCCUGCAGUGAUGAUGCCAAAUGGGAGACCAAGAUCCUUCCGAUGCAGUACCAAGAUGAUGAAUACUCUGAUUUUCUGUACUGGGUGGUGAAUGGUGUAGUUCCCUUCAAGAAUGCCUUGUGCUUUGUUGACUACUCUAGAGGCAUCCUUUUCUGCGACAGCGUCUUUGAAGACAGCCCCAAGGUCUCCUACAUCCACUUUCCUCUGGAUACUUAUGUUCGAGUAGAUCAUGCCCAUGCACGCAAGGGGCUGUACCACGGCUUGUGUGUCUGGCCGUCGGUUGGUAUUUGUUGAUGUUGCCCGUCAUGAUGGAAAAGGUUUGGGCCCGAUGAUGCCCAACACUGGUUUCACCCUCACCUCCCGGACAUUGAAGAUGACAGGAAAUUGCACCACGCAGUGGGAGUGGAUUGAUGAUGCUGUUGUCACUACUUCAGGUCAACUGUGGCAUGCAAACACCAUCGAGAGUCUCCCUCAUGACAUUGUGAUGCUCCCAUUGCUGAGUAUGGAUAAGGCCAAUGCUGCGCACCUUGUAUUGUUUGACUGGGAUGAUGGCAGAGUCUCAUUAGUUUCCAUCGACUUGAGUAACAAGCAAGUGAUGGGCUCAGUCGUUACAUACAUCAAAGGGAAGGAUGAUACUGCUGAUGCUGACAUGAUCAAGGCAAAGCCAGGUUUCUUUGCACACUUUAUUCCAUCUGAAUUCCCCAAGUUCCUGGAUCUCAGGAAGAGAGAGAAUCAUCCAUAAGUCCUGUCACCAUAUCGGCCGUCAUGUGUGUUGCAUCUUCAUUGUCCAGUUCGUAGAUGACGUUGUGCUGGAUUCUACUGCUGACUUUGUUGAAGGGCUACUUCAAUUCUGAGUUUAGUGCUCAGCUUUUGUGUGUUCGCUGCACUUGUGUACUAUAAAUAGCCAGGAAAAACACCUUUACCAGGCUCAUGCGUUGAACUAUAUGAUAAUGCUAGAUGAUGUGUCCAUGCCUUGC